GAAGAGGAAGGUGGCUGCGAGCUGCAGAGCAAAAGAAACCUCAGGAGUGCGUCUGCACGCGGCAGAGGAGUGCUUCUCUCCUCAUUUCAUCCAGAAGGGCUAAGAAGCGCACAGAGACAGGGAAGAGGCGGCUGGGAUGGAGUAACGCUGUGCCGGUGCUGCCGACUGGGGACAGGGUAAUCCACUGACACUGUUGAUCCUGGUGGCUCUGGCAAAAAAAACUUCCAGAGGGAGACAGAGAAGCGGAAAAGCAGCCAGGAUCUCGCCAAGGGGGCAGCAUUUUACUUCGGAAAACGAAGCGUGGCGACAGCAGAAACGCACACAGAGAGACACUCACAAACAACAGAGUGGAAAAAGGACAGCCAGACACCCACUGCAUUUAAACAUCUACUACAACCCUGCAGUUUCUUCUGACUUAACCAAGAAAAUAGGAAAAUGUCUCAUGUUGCCUGUGGAUGAUGAAUAUUAUGGGGAGAAAUUUGUCUUCUAAAACAAGAUUUUUUUCAAACUUUGCUACUUUUUUUAUUUUUUGGAGUUGGGCCUGUAAACCGUCUGAGCACAUCGCAUAUUUCUUCUUAGUUACAGAAACGGAGAGUUUUCUUGAGAUGCCUCCUCCUGAUUCAGAGUAGAAAGUGGAUUAUGACGGCAGUACUUUGCCAUUUCUACUUUGCACCAUAAAGAAAAAAAAAUCCAUCUACGUGUGCUGGAUUUAUGUCUCAGAAGGAGAAGAUCGCAGGCGUUUUCUCUUCUCCUUUGGAUUACCUAUGGGUUUUCUCUCAUGGAUGAUUGCUUGCUGCCAGUUAUUAAGAAAAAGUAUGAAAAGGGGCAAGUGAGUAUUGGGCUAGAUUUUUUUCCCUCUAAAUCUUAAGCUCGAGUCCAAAUAAUGGAUGGCUCUGGUGAAAGCACAAUGAUGCAGCUUUUGUCUCAUCUAAUAACACAAAUUGAAACCCACUGAUUGAACAGUUAUGUUUAACAAAUGAUGAUUAAGGUGUAAAAGGUAUGCACAUCUUGACACCUAUUAAUUCAUUUGAGAAGUUGUCUUGGAUGUUUACACACCAUUUGCCAAUGAGCAUAAUUUACUAAAUGAGGGGUGCUGUCUACCCGGCAGGUGGCUUGGGCACAAAUAGAGAUUGAUUGAAGUGAUCUCUGGGAAUCCAAUUAAUGUAUCCUGGAUUCUUUCCAAGACAGAAGCAAUGGAGGGGAAAACCACCAUCUAGUUUAAACUGAGAAACCUCUGCACUCCCCAGUCAGCAACUGUCCUCCUCUUUUCCCACCACCUUCAACCCGGGCAAGGAUGGUACCCCCACCCCCCACCAACAAGCCCCACGUUUGCCUUUCCACCAUUCUUAUCAUGAGCAGCAUGGCAUUAAUUGAUGCCUACCUGGUAGAGCAGAACCAUGGACCCCGCAAGAUUGGCAUCUGCAUCAUGGUGAUGGUGGGAGACAUCUGUUUUUUGAUUGUGCUCCGAUACGUGGCAGUGUGGGUGGGCGCUGAGGUGCGGACUGCCAAACGAGGCUAUGCCAUGAUCCUUUGGUUUCUCUACAUCUUUGUGCUCGAGAUAAAAGUCUACUUUGUGUAUCAGAACUACAAAGCAGACAGGAAGAGCUUGGACGCUCUCGCGAGGAAAGCUUUGACGUUGUUGCUGUCCAUUUGCAUUCCAGUGCUGUUCAUUGUGCUGGUAGCUAUCGACCACAUGGAGUACGUCAGGGCUUUCAAGAAACGGGAGGAGAUUCGCAAUCGCCUCUUCUGGGUAGUGGUGGACUUGCUGGACAUACUGGACAUCCAAGCUAACCUAUGGGAGCCUCAGAAGAAAGGGCUUCCUCUGUGGGCAGAAGGCCUCAUGUUCUUCUACUGCUACAUCCUGCUCCUUGUGCUGCCCUGUGUGUCUUUGAGCGAAAUCAGCAUGCAGGGCAUAAACAUUGUCCCCCACAAGAUGCUACUGUACCCCAUCCUCAGCCUGGUGACCAUUAACAUUAUCACACUUUUUAUCCGCGGAGGAAACAUGUUUCUGUACAGAGACGCAAGAGUAUCCGGGAUCCUAAUUGGAAAGAACAUAUUGGCCAUCAUCCUAAAGACCUGCAGCUUUGUGCAGUACAGAAGACAGUUGCAGAACGCUCCUCCUGCGUUUGGAGUGGAACUGCAGAAAAACUCAGUUGCACAAGCUCGUCCUGCGCCCACUCCACCUCAAGUGGUCAUGCAGGACCAGACGCCUCUACCCGAAGUGACAACCUGUGAACACACAUGACAUAAUGCAGGGGGUGAGCCCUACGAAAUGUCAAUAUGAGUAAAUGGGACUCUCAGGAUGCUGGCAGGGAGCAGUGUUCCACACCUUUUAGGUCGUGUGAACACUCAUGUGAACACACGGGAGAUCAGGAUCCCUGAUGCUUAAUGGCACACAGGACACUGCAGACAGUGCAGAUAGAGCAGUGCUGUCACAGCUGCAUUACCGAUGACUCAAAGCAUUUCCCAAGGUGAAUUUAAUUACCUGUGUAUUUUUUUCUAAAUGUACUAAGAAAAAAAGAUCUACUGCAAAAACAGAGUAUAUUUUUGAAUUGUGUGUUGCAUUCCAAUUGAAAACCUAAGGGUCUGUGUGCAGUGGCGUGUUUUUCUGUUUCUCAGUUGUUUCUUAGUAGUCGAGGGCUUUACCUUGUCAAAGUGAAACGAGACCCAAUGAGAAAAUCAAAGUAAUGAGGGUAAAAAAAAAAACAGCAGUGAAAGCCCUGUCUCUUAAAAGAAGUGCGUUUUUAUAUGUGGCUCUUUGAUCAAAUACUGUGUAAAAGAUAAAGGCUUUUCUGCUUUCUCACUGGCUGUAAGAGGGUUUUGUCAUAAAAUAAUUUUAAAGUUACUGGUCCAAUGAGUAUAUUUUUUUUUAAAGAAAUUAUUUAGUGGAUGCCAAAUUUGUGACCAGUGUUAGGAGAAAAAUAAUGAGAUAAUCCAUUCUGUCCAGGUGAGAAGCUUACAUCCAUCCAUGAGGGACUCAAAUGUAAUUAUAGCUUCUUAGUCAUAAAUUUGAAUUUGUUCUUUUUCCAGUGUGAGAUGAUUGAACAACUAACUACCGUAAAAAGUUAGAACUGGUUGCACAAAUUUGAGUGUAACAUACAUAUUUUCUAGUUUACAGAAUCUAAAUUAUGCAUAAUAUUCGGACAGAUUUCCAUUAGCAAACUGUAUAUUAAACAGAGACAACACACUUACAAAAAAGACGCAUAUUAAGGUACUUUUUGUAUCUGAACUAUUAAGAUUUCUUGAGAGGGCCUGAAGAAAUCGUGGGUUUUAUAUAUAUUCACUUGUGACUAUGCUCCUUAACCUCGAUACAUACCAGUGGUUCACUGUAUAGUUUGUGCUUCUUUAUGAAGGUCAUGCAAAAGUGCAUCAAGCAAAUCACAUUGACAUGCAGCUUCUUGUUAGUAGCGUUGAUGUCCUUCAAAAAAACACCUUGUGCUAAAACAUCACUUAUGACCAUAAAUAUUAACACAGUGUACAGAGUGUGAUGCUCCGCACAUGCAGGUCACUUCUGUGCCACAGGUUGUUCAAACUGGCAUCUUAACAACAAAAAAAAUUGUCUCAUCAAAAUAUUUAAUUAAUCAACACCUGACCAAUUGAAAUAAGUUGAAUUGGUUGGAUAUCCAAACAAAUUAAAGCAAGAAGUCUGUUGAUCAUUUCCAAAAGUCUGUGGUCAAGGUGCAACUUUCCUACAGACAUUUAAAUAAACAUUAGCGGGGUGUAUGAAUAUAUUUGAGCCUGAACGGUGAAUUUUAACAUGGAAAAAAACAAAGCAAAUAUACAUUUACACUUUUGCUUAAUCAUUUCACUCUGAAAAAGAACAAUUGCAACACGUAAAGUUUUCUUUCACAAAUGUAAAUUGUCUUUGAGUUUUAUAUUUUGCAGGGUAAUUUCUGAUAACGGAAACAUUUAGGUUUAACUCUGUGUAUGCUAUGAACAGUUUGAUCAAUGCAAAUAAUGACCAUAUUGCCAUUUCUUUGAGAUUAAAUGCAUUGCCAAGAAACACCGCCGCAGGAGGGUAAAUGAAUCCUAAAUAAGAAAGCCUGUUUAAUAUCCACCUCAGGCUCCCAGUGACUAUCUGAGCUUGUGCUUAGUGCCAACAGCGGUUGUAAGCACUGUCAUUCUGUUCCUCGCACAAAAGGACAAAAUAGAUACUUUGGUGAAGUGAUGUGAAUCCACAAAAAACAGCCAAGCACACGUCUUGUCUUGAUAUGACAAAUCUAGCUCUUUCACAAGCUCUUUUCCCACCCACACCACCAGUUGA